AUGGCGGUGCUUCAAGAUAACGAUCAGUAUUGGGUCGGACUCGAAUUGCACGUUCGCGCUUUUGCGAAGAGGCUUGACUGCACUUAUCUCUCAUACCCUCUAGGCUCGACGAAACCAAUGCAGCAGCCGAAACCGAGUCUACCAACCGACAAAUAUCUCUACAUGUCAUUACCACACGCGAUAGGCAUCGUUCCGCCAGUGGAGACUUACAGUCUAAUCGCGGUGGCAACCAUGAGCGCGAAAACGUUUUUCGAAUAUGCCGUGGAGAAGCUGGGCAUAGAUCUCGCAACACCUCCUACAGAUGACGAUGAGCACCUGCUCAUCGAGCUCGAGAACCCUCUGCCACAGAAGAAAGACGAGGAAUGUCGCAUUAUUUGCGAGCUUCACUACUGCAGAAUCACUCACGAAUAUAGCCAAUACCUUUCUGCGCCUGAAAAUAUCCCCCUGGCCGACUGGCCUUUCAACACAGAUUUGCUGGCGCAGCUGCACGAUACCAGAUACAUGAUCAAGAAGGUUCGUGGACUGGAUGUUACCGCAGAUCCAACGCGACCCCAUGCGCCGAGCUCUGCAGAAUAUCGUGCUUGCGUUCACCAACUCAUGAUGUGGGCUUUCUACCGGGGUAUACUCUGCCCGCGCCUCCAAUUGCUAACAAGCGAGAUGGUCCUGUUCUGUGUUGAUCGUGGCCAUGCAGAGCUGGACAUCCGGAAGUACAUGGUCAAGCCAACGUUCGCGAAGCUGCUUGAAAGAUGCAUGUACCCACUCGUCCUCGGUGUGAACACAAAGUCGGCCCAGCUGUUCGUGCCAACCCCUUCAGGACGCAUUCUAGGGUGUUCCUCCACUAGUAAGGACAGCUCCCCUGUAGCAACCCAUAGCAUCAAGCGAGCUAUCACAGAAGAUAUGACAUCUGUGGACACGGUCGCCCGGGGUACCCGAGAAGGUUUUGGGUUGUUUCGAAGGGCUUACAGCAUGUACCUCAAGAUCAUCCUACGCUACUGGAAUUAUACAACCGGCGAGAGGCUUGAAAUGCAGUUCUAUCAAGUUUUGUUACUGAUACAGGACGAAUUGAUGGACAUCUUCCAGGCCCCCAUCAUUUCUCAUAUCUGGCCAUUCAACAUGGUCUUGCCACAGGAUGUACCCGAGGACGAGGGCUGGGUCUCUUUCAUUGGAAUCGACGGAGAUGUCCUCAACAGCCGCAGAGGUUUCCGCGGUUCUCUGAGCACCAUUCUGAACGAUAAAGCGAUACAACGACUGAAUGACGCUUGUAUGAAUCACCCAGUAUUGAAAAGUGCAGAGGCCAGUCUAGAGAUCAAACUCUACUCACAGGAAGGACUAUUCGGCCGAUCCGAGCUUGAUGUCCAACCCGGUCGCAAGGAGGGUAUGGACUUCAAGGCGAUAUUGGGCGAGGAACGCAUGGCAACCAUCAACUUGGACUUAAGCGACACCAUGGAGGAGUUUCUGAUGGAAGCGGAUGAGGACAAGCGAGCUAACCCGGCGAGACCGUCAACGCCGGUAGGAAUGACGCCAACAAUCGCUGGCCCAGCUGAAGUAGCGGCUAGAACAGAACCUAUCCCGCAGGACAGACGUCCCGAUAGCUUCAGGACACUUGCCAGAGAGCAACUGAAGGCGGAAGCUGCAAUGCGGCGAUUGAUGAGAGGCGGGGAUGAUCCAACAGCCACAAGCGACGACGAAGCACCUUCUAUCAAAGGACCGAGUCAAGGUCCUCCACCGAGUGACGCUCCGUCGGACCGUUUCCGCUCUGCUAGCCAGGCGAUGCAGCGCCUUAAAUGGGAUCGCAAACAUCAAGCCAUUGAGUAUGAAAUCGGAUACGUGGAUCGCUUUGAUGGAAUGAUGUGGAAGCGGCUAGAUCAAUGGCAGACGCAUACGGAGGAAGAGGACUUCAUCCCGGAGCAUCGCAUCUGGAUCAUUCGACGAGUAAGAGGUCAUGCCAUGGUCUGGGACAGGGAGAAGAGGAUCGAUCGCACUGGAGAGGAUCUCUGA